UGUCUGCUGUUGCAAUGGCGUUUGCUGCGACAGCACUUUCCGGCAGCAGGGAAAUCGAGGAGAAAGCAGCGACAAACGUCGCCAGCGGUUACGUUAUCGCCUCAAAUAUCCUUGGAUUUAUGCGAUAUUCGUUGAUCUAACUCGUAUAUUGAUUGUUUAUCCCCUUGCCUUGUGGAUGAGCUUGUGUUCAACGUUUUCCAAGCGAGAAUCUCCACCUUAAUGCGGUGGGAUGGCCACAGUGCCGCCUGGGCCUAGUAGCGCUCUCCCCGCAACCCCGGCCGAGAGUCCUCCUUUCCCCGGGGCUGGGAGCGCGGAGCCGGCGGGGGGAGACGGAGAGGCGGCCUGCCACAGAGACGACUGUUUACCCACCGGUACAGGGAAUACGUCAGAACCGCUAAGCGAAGUCAUUAGGUCGGUUAAUAAGAAGCAAAAUAACAUGCUAGCGCGAGCUAGCCCGGCGGCACUUCACCUCAAAAUGCAAGCUCGAGAGCAGCAGCUAAACGGCUUGUCCGGCUCCUCAGAGGACGCGGACAGCCACCAGCACACAGGAAACCGGCCUGACAACCCGAGACCGUCCGUGGACAAUUGUGACAGCAGCAGCAGCAGCGGCAGCAACGAGGAGGCUUCAACCGCGAGAAACAAUAGUGAGCAUUGCCAACAUGAAGGCCACAGCCCCAUCUCCAAAAACGGCAGUCACUCGCCCCUAGUUAACAAUAGCAUGAACGGGAUGCCGGGUUUGAUAAGAACUGAGACAGCCCACAGCCACCCCGGGGACGAAGGGAAAGAGGAGCUUGACCUCACGGAGCCACCGAGACCGCCGAGCGACAAGCCGCCGGACGCCGGGCCCGAGCACAGCCACGCCGCCUCGCAGGAGCUGCAGCCGCCGAUCGCGGAGCUCGCCCGGCUCGCCCUGAGCGGCUCCCCCGGCCGAGCGGAGGAGGACAGCCACGGCAUCUGCUAUGUCCGCUACGAGUCCGAGCUGCAGAUGCCGUGGAUCAUGAGACUGAUCACAAAGGACUUGUCUGAGCCUUAUUCAAUUUACACCUACAGGUACUUCAUUCACAACUGGCCGCAGCUCUGCUUUCUGGCCAUGGUGGAGCAGGAGUGUGUCGGAGCCAUCGUAUGUAAGCUUGACAUGCACAAGAAGAUGUUCCGUCGUGGCUACAUCGCCAUGCUGGCCGUGGACUCGAAACACAGAAGGAAAAGCAUCGGUACUAAUCUGGUGAAGAAGGCCAUCUAUGCCAUGGUGGAGGGUGACUGUGACGAGGUUGUUUUGGAGACUGAAAUCACCAACAAAUCAGCCCUGAAGCUGUACGAGAACUUGGGUUUUGUCAGAGACAAGCGGCUGUUCAGAUACUACCUAAACGGAGUGGACGCGCUGCGGCUCAAACUGUGGCUCCGCUAGAGAAAAGAGGAGGGGACAGGGGAGGACGGGACACCUCGUACGCUAUCGGCUCAACAGCCUCAGCUCUGCCCUGGUCAUUUCACUCUUAUACAUACACACACACACACACACACACACACACACACACACACACACACACACACACACACACACACACACACACACA